AUGUCAUUUUUAGAGUGUCAAUACGAAUUUCAUAUAAAAAGUUUAAAAUAUUUUAAUCGCAAAAUAUUUGUCGUCUUUGAUAUCUUAUUUCUGCAAUUUAUUAAUAAUAGCUCUUUGUGCCGGCUGGGUGUGAUGCCAACUGAGAGGGAAUGUAUUUGUUGCCAAGAACUCAAUGAGAUAAAAUAUGCUCAUUUGAAUGAGAGAGUCGAGGAUUAUCUAACAGGGAUAAUGUACUCAACAAGUACAUCUUUAUAUCUCCUAGUGUCUUACAGAUAUGCAGCAUACCGCCAGUUUUGUUGGUUCAUUCACACAAGAUUGGGAAUAGGUGUACAUCAUGUCAUACCCUCUUGUGUUGUGGAAAGGAUACGUCAAUAG